AUGAUCCUCUUCUUCAAGAAACAUCGUCUGAGCUUGUGGAACGUUGAUCUGUGCGAGCGUAGGGGGACACGUAGAACUGCACCCGUCAGGGGAACAGCUGUCACUACGGUGGAGGUGCUCGCCGACACGGAGGACCUAGAGUUCACAUUGGCGGAGAGUGAGCACUUUGUUGACCCUCAAGAUAAGUCUCAUCCCAAGUACCAUCAAGUUGCUGACUUGAAGUUCUUAAUGUUCCCGGGGUUGAUGUUCCGGAGGGAGGAGCAAAUGUCGGGUCAGUCUGCCAAGAGGAUUCCUCUUCGUGAUGCUGUUUCCAAGGUUGGUUUGGAUUCAAGUUUGAGAUUUUGUUUUCUUAUUCUUUGUGCUUUCAUGGCAUGUUUUGAUCGGGGAAUUGUGAAUAAUGAGACUCUUGGUUAUUUCAUUGGGAGAAUGUCAUGUCUUUGUAUAGACAAGUACCGACUGAGGUUUAGGCAACAUCUUGCUAAUGAGAGUCACUAUGCUGCUGACUGUUGGGAUGCAGAGAUUGAGUGCUCCUUUGGUUGGAUUGAGUGUGUUGGCAUUGCUGACAGAUCUGCAUACGAUUUGCGUGCUCACUCGGAUAAAAGUGGUGUUCUACAAGUGGCUCGUGAAAAAUUUUCAGAACCUAAGGAAGUGGAGGUACUGUGUAGUGUAUAAUGUUAAAGGAGUUGAUUUAUUUAUGGAUGUACAUGACUGGUCCCUUCAACUUCCUACACAACCCUAAAAAAUCUUUGGACAUCAUUGAUUGAUUUGGUUAUAACUCCUGUAAAGAAAGAGCUGGGUCUGGCAUUCAAGGGGAAUCCGAGGAUGGUGGUUGAAGCACAUGAGGUAACUCUUCUCAUGGUGUUAUCUUCUCUGGCGGGAAAUGCCUGAGAAAGAAGCUUUGGAAAUGAAGGGGAGGUGGAGUUUCAAGUGUGUACACUUGGGAAAGUUGUGACUAUUAAGAAGAAUAUGGUGACCAUUCAAAAGAAGAAAAAUAUAGAGCACGAGCGAGUUUUUACACGGUCUGUGAUUGAAUCAUCAUUUGGAAUUGGAAGGAUAAUUUAUUGCCUCUUUGAGCACACAUUCUACACGAGGCAAAGUAAAGCUGGGGAUCAACAGUUAAAUGUAUUUCGCUUCUCUUCACUUGUAGCUCCUAUCAAAUGUACAGUUUUCCCGCUGGUUCAGAAUCAGAAGUAUGAAGAGGUUGCGAAACUCACUUCCAAGUCAUUGACUGCUGCUGGAAUUUCGCACAAGAUUGACACUUCAACUAUGUGGAUAAAAUAUAAGUUCUCUUUAAUAUGUAAAAUAUACCUACAGAUAAUGUUAAUUAAAAUUUAUUGGAUUACAGUUUACACUUAAUGAUAGCAUAAAUACCUGUAAAAAAAUUGUUUAAGGAGAAGUGAAAAAUUUUGUGGAAUUUGGAACCUAGGAAAAUUAGAGAUCCUUCAUGCAAAUGAAAGGAAUAACAAAACUGAGAGAGAGAACACUAUUUAGUGGAUUAAAUCUGCUGAAUUUCUCUUCAUGGUCUGUUAAGGUAACAACCUACUCGACAAAUAUUGAUCAAUGACCAAGGACACACCCAAAAUUACAUAAAAAAGCUGGCAAAUUAUGUGUUGUUCAACAAUUUCUUUUCCCAAAUUAGAAAUAUACAUACCUUUGGGGUUGAGGAACUGAGGUUCUUCUUCUUGAAGACUGUACUGUAUGUGUUAUUCAAUAAUCUUUUGGUUUUUAAAACUGUUUAUUAGUUAUGCUUCUCCUCAAAAGUAAAUAAUUUGAAAACUGAAGAGACCUCCUCGUUCAUGGGAUAAUGUCAACGCUACUAUUGAUAGUAUGCCUAUGGUUGGUUCAAGCUCACACUUUGUACUCCUUGAGCAUUGAUCUCUAUCGGAUAAUUGUCAAGGGCUGUGGUGUGUGGGAAUACUCACCAUAUAAAUCGUUGAAACUAAAUGCCUUGGCAAGAACAAUAUUCUUUUAAAAUUACAUCUUGGGUUGAUCUGGUUCUGGUCUAGGGGCACCUUUUUUUUCUUCUACGAAGUAGGCUUUGUUUUAGGCUAGGUGCAAGUUUGGUCUUUUGGCUCUUGUGUGUUCAAGUGUUUUUUUCUUGAUAAAACUAACUAAAGCGAUUGAACUCAAACGAUUUUUGUUGUGAUAAUACCCAAAUACUUAUGGUGUAUAUAUUUCUUGUUUUUAUUAACUUUUGUUAAUAUCUUUUGAAAAUGUUAAAUAGGUACAUCAAUAGGAAAACGGUAUGCAAGAACAGAUGAACUUGACGUGCCCUUUGCUAUCACUGUAGAUUCAACAUCAUCAGUGACUAUUCGGGAGAGGGACAGCAAGGGUCAAGUGCGUGUUGAUGUGGAUAAAGCUGCCUCUGUUGUUAGGGAGGUGACUGAAGGCCAGAGGACAUGGGAAGAUGUGUGGUCAACUUCUCCUCAUCAUUCCUCUACAUCUGCAUCUGCAGAUGAUUGAGUUUUAAUAGUCACCAUCUAGGUUGAUCCAUCAUAGUUUUCUGUUGCAAAAUUUUGUGUUGUUUUUUUAGCAGUGAAUCAAACUACAUGGAUAUUACUAAUUGUCAACUAGUAGAUACCAAUUUCUUAUGUGCAACAUAUGCUGCUGUUUGUAGUCAUAGAUAUGUUACUUUGAGAAAUUUCUGGUUUGGCAAUUGCUUCUCCAGGUUUUCUCAUGGGGUUGGGUCUUACUGCCUAUCCCAGCUGAUAUCAGGGGGAAUCCGAAGAUUACUUAGAAAUGUUGUCUUUUAUGCUGUGGAUUUUAGGCUAACGUGGCUUAACCUAGAAAAGAUGUUUAGUUUGGGUUACUGAAAUUGCUCUAUUAGGUUGGGCACAAGCAAGUGAUUUCAUCUCAACAUUAAUAGAACUCCAAGGUUAGUAGUGAUUUCAUAUCUUGCCACUUCAAAACCUCCAAC